AUGCAGCAUCAAGCUCAAGAUAUCCAUUCAAAAGCUCAGAGGCACUCGACAAUUCUGCAUCAGUCUUCAGAUUUAGCAGAAAAGUCUUAUACAACCAGUCUCCAUCACUGCAGCAUUCAAACCCCUAAGAUUACCACAUCCCCAAGCUUUUUCCAAAAAGCAGUUUGUGUUUUCAAACGAUCACAGGAAUCGGUCAGCCAGUCGCUGUUAGAAAAACGUCCGCUGAAGACCAAAAAGCAAGACGGUGAUAUUUAUUUUUCAAAUAUUAUAUCUGGUGUCGAUUCUUUGUUUUUUUCUCCUAUAGCUAAUCCAAUUACCACCACACAACCUGGUGCGUCUCAACUUAAAAAUAUAUCUGAAACACUAACCAUAUCAAAAGAUUGUAUUAUCCAAUACAAUAGCAAAAACGACGAAUUAGAUUUGAGAGCAAAUAAAAACAAAACUUCCACUCUUACUACACCGUGCAUUGUACGAUCAGUAGCCCAACCACACAAUUCUAAUUCAGGCCUUGGUGCUGUUACAGCAUCCAUUCCGCAAAACGGUAACACUUUUUGCAUUCAUACUCAUAUGAAUAAAUCAAAUCCUCUUGUAGCACCGACUAGCAUAGACACCAUAUCUACUUCAAGGCAGACCCUUGUGUCCACACCUGGAUGUAAUUUCGACGACCAUGAGAUGCUAAAAACACAUUCCAGUUUGAAUUAUGUCAGUCAGGUUCAAUCGCUAUGUGACCCAAUGCAAAAAUCGUUGCUUUUGUCGCCAAAAUACCCAUCUGGAUCGCAUUCAUUAGACUCCAUACACGGAAAGCUCAAACUAAAAACACGCAAACUCGACGCCAUUUUCGCUGGGGAAAAUGCGCCUUUGUCCGACUUUUCCACAUACAGUCUGGAGAGCGGUAGUACCAACAACAGCGUCAACAGCAGUAAAUACCUCGAUGUUAGUGGAACAUCGCAGACGUUAUCAGGCGUUACAGAACACUUUGAAUCUGGUCGAUGCCUUUCACACAUCUCCUCAUUCAACUCCAUCCACUGCCAAAACAACGAUUCUAACCAUGAUUGUCAUAUCGGCAUAAAAAGCAUUAGUAGUAGUCCAAAAACGUCCUCUUCACACCGUCCGAUAGCUCUUUCGCGACUUAGUUUUAACUCUCUGUUUGAAGCAGGCAAAGAUGCAUCGACAAGUGAAGCAGCUACUUCCAAACCAAAAACAACCUCAAUAGUACUAGUCAAGACAAACAGAUGGAUUCGUCAAAAGAUCUUGAACAAAGGACUACACGAGCAAGUUCACUUGCAAGUACCCAGAGAAUGGAAAAAAGAGAAAAAACCACGCAAAUUAGUAAGCUCUAUUUCUAGCAGCGGCAGCAGUAGUAAUGACUCGAUUGUAAAUAGAUUUGCUGAGAAUAGUGUGGAUCAACAAGGCCCAACCCUUUUACUCACACCGUCAAUUGGCCGGAACAGAAGUAUUGAAGUUCGACGUGAGAUGGGUGAUCGUGAAAUGGCGAGUAAAGGUAGCAGCUCAACAAGUAGCAUCAAUACUUCCAUUUUUGGAUUUAUUACCAACUAUUUUUCACCUCGUAGGCGAGCUGUUACGUGUGAUUUACAACCAGAUUCGUUGAAUUCAGAUUCCAUACCGCAAUUUUCGUCAAAACUGUCUCUACAUGCACCGCUCAUCACCAUCAAUAAUACUCAUAAUAAUGGCAAGCAUAAAGAUAGUAGUGCUAAUGAAAACAUCAAAUCUGUUUCUGAAUCACCUAUUACGUUCAAUUCCAAAGUAUCGCCGGCUAUAACGGAUAAAGCAUCUACGGAGUCGGCAACUGAUCAUUCAAACUUGGUAGUGAAGCACAAUCAAUCCAUACCAAAAUUUAAUAUAAAAACAACUAAAUGCACCUUGACAAAGUCAAGCUCAAAAACGGCAAUAGCUACCUCUAUUCCAUCCAUCCUAUGUACACCAACGACAUUGAAAACAAUACCACUGCUACAAAAAGUAGGGGAUCAAUCUAUAGGUACUUUAGUGGGCCAAUCUGAAAACUCCAAUAUCAAGCAGAUACCUUUGCAGUCCACUCAGCCAACUCAAAAAUUAGAUGAAUUUGAAACUUUGAAAUCUGACAACAAAAUACAACUCUCGGUUUCGACCACAACCCCACACUAUCGAGUCACAUCUGCUUUUGAACAUCAUCCAACUCAAACCUAUACCAACAUAAACUCAAUCUCUGAUCUUUAUUUUUUGCGCAAACUUGCUUCGGGAGGAUUUGCUGAUGUAUAUCUUGCAAGAAAGCGGGUCCCACUUACAUGCCAUUAUUUUGCUCUCAAAGCUGUACGAAAAAAGGAUAUAGUAAAAAAGAAAAUGGUAAGACAAGUUUUGGCCGAAAAAGAUAUACUUGAAUCGGUUCAUCAUGGGUUUAUUGUCGAGUUGCUCCAUACAUUCCAAACAAAGACUACGUUGUUUUUUUGUAUGGAAUAUGUUCACGGAGGCGAUUUGUAUCAGAUGCUGAAACAAUUGGGUUCGCUUACAGAGAAACAGGCAGUAUUUUACGCGGCUGAAGUUGUGGUGGUAUUUGAAUACCUCCACUCGCUGCAUAUUGUUUACCGCGAUUUAAAACCCGAGAAUAUUCUUCUUGACUCGACUGGGCAUAUUAAACUAGCUGAUUUUGGAUUUGCAAAAAAGAUCACGUCAACUACUAAAUCUUUUUGUGGUACACCCGAUUACAUGGCGCCAGAAAUCAUUAUCUCAAGACCUUACAGCUUUGCAGUGGAUUGGUGGUCACUUGGCAUACUAAUAUUUGAACUUGUGGCAGGAAAAACACCCUUUCGUGGCUUCUCCAUUGACGAAAUCUACAACAACGUAAUUCAAGGCAAUAUCCAAUGGUCGACCAAAGUUUUUGGUAAACUCAAAAAACUUGUUACAUCAUUGCUAACUCCUGACCCAACGCUACGACUAGGAAGUGUCAAUGAUGCUAAAGAUAUAAAAGCGCAUCCAUGGUUUAAUAGUAUCUACUGGGAAACGGUUUCGUCAAGAGGUUUGGUACCUCCAACUAAAACAUUCAAUUUUCCUUCAAACAUGACUGAAAAGUAUGAGGAUGGAAAUGAUGGAGUGAUUGAUGCAUUGAUGGUGGAAGAGGUUACCACAUCAAGCGAUGUAUUGCCACUUCCAAUGUUUUGA